AUGGAGCAUGAAGUAUUAGCGGGUGAAUUUUGUAAAAAUGUGAAUACUCCUGAAAUAUUUGCAGUUGGUUUACAUGAUGGAACAGUUAUAGUUGGGAAUGCGAAUAAAGCCAAUAAAAGUAUUUCAGAAAAUUGUUUAUUUAAUCAUUUAAGUAAACAUAGAACACAUGUAAACGCUGUGUCGUUUGUAAAAGAUGAUUCAAAAUUAAUUUCUAUAUCAUCUGAAGAUCCCGUAUUUUUAAGAGAUAUUAAUACUGAAAAACCAUUAGAAUGUUUUACUACUAAUAUAAGUCUUUUAAAAUGUUUAGCCCUAAAUCCUAUACAAAAAAAUGUUUUUAUUGUUGGUGGACGUGAUAAUAGUAUUGCAAUAUUUGAUAUAAGAAGUAGAGAAAGUGUCUUAUCUAGAAGUCUAAAACAUUUUGGAGAUAAUAAAAUUACAUAUCUGUCUCAGCCUCAUUGGCAAUUUUGUAAAAAUAGUACAUCAAAAGUUACAAAUAAAAAUAAUUCAAAAGAUAUGAUUAUAUCAACUCUUUCAUCCAUAACUUUUAUUAACGAAUGGCAAUUUUUGACAGGGUCAUCUGUUUCUCUAACAGAACCUGUAUUUACGUAUAAAAUGCCAACAUCGAAAAGAGAUUAUGGUAUUGCUCAUAUAGCAAAAGAUCCAAAGAGAUCUAGUUUUUAUGCGGCAUGUACAAACAAUGAAAUUUUUAUAUUUAGCUCUGAUGGAGCACUUGAAGAUCCAAUGUAUACAAUGAUAAAUAACAUUGGAGAAGGUAUUAACUACUCAUCUCGUUUGGCAAUUUCUCCCAUCUCCGAUCAUCUACUUGUUGGAACAAGUUUAGAUUGUGUAAAAACAUUUAAUUUAUCAUCUCUCUAUUCUAGGAAUCGAAAAAAUGAUUCCAAUUUAGAAUCUAAUUUACCAUAUUCUAAAUAUUUGUUACAAGGACAUGAUACUGAAACAAAUAUUGUAAACUAUUCAAUUGAUGGCAAAUAUAUUUUAUCUGGUUCUUCGUCUAAUAUUCGUAUUUGGGAAUAUGGUUGGGAUAAAAACUUUAUUAUGACAGGAGAAGAGUUAAAUCAAGUUGAAAAACCAACAAGGGUAUAUGAAUCUAAUAGUAAUCUAAGUCAACCACAUUUAAAUUUUACUUUUCCUACAUCAAAAUUAGGUUUACAAUCUAAUUCAACAACAUCGAGUAUUACUCCUAAGCGGAAAGAAACAAUUUCAAAGCGGAAACUUUUAGAAAAAAACGAAAAUACCUCAAUUAAAAAAGGAAGGUUUUUUCCUUUAUUUAAUAAUGUCAACAAAAUAGAUGAAUUUUAA